GUGGAGCACAGCAUGUUACAUUGCAUACUACUAGUAGUAUGGAUAUACGGUGGCUGGGCCGGGCAACCCCUCAACCCCCUCUUGUCGUCCAUUUUCUGCCCAAAGCGCCACCAGAGAAGAGGAGCUUGCUGCCUGGAGACCCGAUCUACAUGAGCGGCGAAUGGUACCUUGACCGGAAACAGCUUGCGCACAUGCUCGACAGGCGUGACGACCAAGAAAUAGUUGCUGCCAGAUAUUGGGAGAAUGAAGGUACCGAGCGGCCCUCAGUUCGUGAUACCCGUCGGGACAACUACCGCCGAAGCUGGGCCCACGGCUUUUACCGGCCCUCGCUGGCGCCUUUCUCGUCGCACCCAUGUGGUUGAUGAUCCUACACAACACCCUCUACGCGGCCUUGGUGUCGACAACGGUGUUCGUGGCUACCUUUGGAGUGAUGGCUGCCAUCUAUCUCAGUAGCCAUGUGGAGGUCAUGUCAUCUACCGCAGCAUAUGCUUCGGUGCUGGUAGUGUUUGUUGGAUUGACGACGGAAACAAAUAGGAAGGAUGGUUAGGUCAGGAUCCUAGUCUGACCGUCGCGGAUAGUAUCGCUGUUCAUAGUUGACAAGCCUACUGUACAGUUCAAACUCUUGUCGAUAGCUUGAUUAUACCUUGACGAUUCCAUUGGGGUAACGGUGUUAUGCCGCGUCUCAUAUGCAGUGUCAGCAUGACGAAGAAAGUUACAAUAGCCU